AUGCUAUUGAGGUCACUGCUCGUCGUUGCGGUUUUUCUGUCAGUGCUUGUUCGUGCUGGCGACAGCGAGCCAUACGAGGACAGAGCCACAGACUGGGUGGAGGAUGAUCCGAUCGACGGUGCGCUGAAUGGGCAACUCUUGUCCUCGCUUGGACUGCCUCUGCGUGUGCGGCUGGCAUCACCAAAGGAGGUGGAAGAACUCAUUUGGGUAAUUCGCUUCAUGGAUGUAAAAAGAGGCCAGUGUCCGCGCCUCAGUGCGUGGGAGGAGCUGCGCAUGGUGUUCGAGGCAGUUGCGCCGGAGGACGUCUACGGACUGCGGCGCCUGGGCGCCCUGCAGCGUCUGCUGUCGGGCACGGAAACGCAGGAGGGCGCCGAUGGGGCGGAGAGGCCGGGGCAGAUUGAGUUGACGUUGCCGCAGGGCGACGAUACUCUUCAGGUUCACGUGAGCGACAUCGUCCUGCGGCAUCGGCCCGGUGAGCAGCCGCUCUUGCAGGUGGACCUGCUGGCGCUGCUACUGCGGCAGAUGCGGGAAAGAAAAAGGCGGCAGAUGAAGCGUAACGUCCGAAAGGUGGAGGAAAAUCAUUUGCGGUUGCGUCUUCUGCACCAGGUGAGCCUCCGUAGGGGGCGGCAAGCGGGUCUUGAAGCUGCCCUUGAGCGUGCCGAGCGGUUGGCCAUGCUGAAGCAGAGCUCCGAAUGGCAACGAAAUCGUACCGAAUACGCGACGCGUGAACGUCCGCUGAUUUCUCUUGUAGACGCAAAGGCAGCGGGAGACUCCCCUUCUGCAAUUCCCACAGAACGAUGCAAGAGCAUCCGUCACGCCAUACACACAUUGCAGAGUCAACGCGUAGUGCCGACUGAAAGACGUAUGCGCUACCUUCGCGAGGAAGAAAGAAAGACGUGUGGGUCCGUGCUGCAUUCACUUGUAGACCUCUCCCGCCACUACAAGAGGGAGGUGUGUAACUCCCAUUGCCCUUCCUACUGUGAAGCUGUUGAGCGAUUUGAAGCUUGGAUGAGGUUUAGCGGAUCUGUAGUGUCUGUAGCCCAGUUGCAUGCCUUGUACCACAGCGUCCUCUUGCACAAUAGCAAUUUCAACGAUACGGCGGUGAACUAUCUCUCCCUUCUCCGUGAACUUGUCCUGGAUGACGUGGAUCGGGGUGUGUUUUCUAACUGUGCCGAGUUGUGUAGUCCAUCUGUGAAUUUGCUUGCGGAAAUGAAAUUCUUCGCCGGUGUGCUGGAUAUUCUUGAUGACGCACCAGAGACGAGCGCGGAAGUCAAGGAAAUAAACGCGGUUUGGUGGGGUCGUGCCCGACAGGCGUAUCUACGCAUUUGGGCCGCCUCACAUGCUGGUUCACGACGGGCCACUGCCGCCCUUGCCACGAUGAAGGAGCACGGAAUAAUGUCCCCGCGACGGCGUCGUGUGGCGGCCGUGUUGCUCUCCAAUCUGUUGUCGGAGAGGCACGCGUACUUUUGGAAGCAAGUCAUGAACAGAGAGACGCAGCCCUCGGGGAGGGCGGCACCGUCGGCGCAGAGACUGUUGCGGUUUGAGCGAUUUUUUGCGGUAGAAAAUAGCUGGAGUGUCGUCAAUGAACCGUUUCUCACGCGUAUUCAAAUCAAGGCGUUUACUUCCGAAAUUGAUGGUGACGAGGAAUACGAUAUGGAAACCGGCAGAGAACCCGGUGAACUCCCCCGGAGCGUCUUUCGACACCUUUUCUUGGGGCAGCUGCACAUUGCCGGAAUUAAAGGUGUUCCACGCGAUUUAAAGCGUGCGGAGUGUCUUUUUUUGCUACUGCUGCGAAAACUACAAUACACGUGCGACGUGACACACCCAGAGGAAUUGGAUGCUUCCUAUUUUGCGGAAGACGGCAGGGGUGGCGCCUGCGAGGAACACCUUGAACAGUUGUACUUGCUGCGUGAAAGUGGAAUCUCCAUGGGACCCUGUGGAUUUCGCAAUGAAUCGUAUGGAUCAAAACCGCACCCAAGUUUGUGGCGAAUUACACGUUCAAAGAAGGUACACGAAGUAGUUCACAGAGUGUUGGUGUUGCUGUCUUAUGUUUAUCUGUUAAACGGACUCCAGUAUGAUAUGGCUGCCAAGUAUGCCUUUUUGGCUCUGGAAGUCAGCGCUGCGUCGUUUUACGCCGCAAUGGCCGAUUUACCUGCGGAUGCAGCGAAAGAUUUUGCUGUAGGCAACACUAGUCGUAAUGGGAAUUUUGAGCUGUUGAAGAAUAAGGGUUGGCCAGCGAAGGAGCUGUACACACAUGCUGUGCGGCGUCGUGCGCCCCUGGAUUCAUUGUUUGACUUCACGAGGUCUGGGUUUUUGCUAUCGGAGAGUCUUGUGCUCUUUGCCAUGAGUGCAUUUCGAGGCGGCGUGGUGGCGCAGCGAGACAUUUGUUUCACCAUUGAACGUUUCUUUGGUGCCCGUGCAUGCGUAGAGAAAAGCGGUAGGGCCUCUUGCCGGACGCAAUGGACCUUUUUUCUUCUUCGGGAGGCGUCGCGUCUGUGGGCAGACGAAGCAAGCACCCCUGGCGCUCUCGACCGCAGCUACCCAUCCCCGCGCCUUGUUGACGCCUUCUUGCUUAUGGCAUCCCUGCUGAGGGGUGGGAAGAUCACUGUGGAGGACAUACGUGAGGGGGAACUCUUUAGUUCGCCUCAGUACGCUUCCGGUGGUUAUCCCCCUUUUCAUCCGUUGGAGAGUGAUACCUCUGGUAGCUAUAGUAGCAGGCUGCUGCAGGUUGCGAGAGAGGUGUCCCCCUUCGCGUUCCCGGGUCGUCGGGUCACGGUGUACGCUAAGAACUGGCACCACUUCGUCACUCGUGAGGUGCCCUUGCGAGACCUGCGCAUUCUUCGCGCAGCCGCACAAAGCUUUCUUGAAGAGCACGACAUAAACCCUCUUUUGGUGACCAGUGAUAUUCAUGACUAUGUCGAUAGCGCGCGUUGGUCAUGGUUGCAAAGGGUUUUUGGUACACUCUGGGAUGCCCUUCUGUAUCCAUUCACGCAGACACAGCUGGAGGCUGUAGAAGACCAGCUGGCGAAGGAGCUGCUACCGAACAAAACUCUAGAUUCCGAGCCUGUGGAUGUCGCGAGCCGAUUGACUGCCUCGGUGCUAAGUUCACGCCCCGUUCGGGAGGUGGCGAUUGCUUUGCAGCUUCUCGCUGCGGCUUUGGUCUCCGGAGAGCCCGACGGCUUCACUUUGAUCUUGUUGGAGGAGAUGCAGCGCGGCAACUACCACUUGCACAGCUUUGCACGCUUCAUCGCGGAGCAUGUGUGGGGAAGGAGCUUGACGGAGGUAUGGAUGGAGGAGCACAAGGCGGCCCAGUGGCACCACGCAAAGCCAAAGACAAUAGGACGGGGCCCUGUGUUUGCCAUCGGCUCACGCAUUCCCUUUUGGUACGCCGUGCCCGAUUCGAGAAUGGAACUCUUCGCGCAAAUUGCCCUCAAACGUGUCAAUACUCGGCAGCAUUGCACCACUUCAAGCGGUCGUGUCUUAGCGUAUGCAAAUUGCACUUUGUCUCCGGAGGUACAGCAUGAAAUGUUCCACAUGAUGGCAUUGUGUAGUGGGGUGGUGAUUGAUGCUGCUUCACGAAAGGGACGUCCGCUGGCGCCGCGGAGGCCGUACGAUGGGAUGUAUUUUCCCGUGGGGAGUCCUCUCUGCCUCCAGCGUCUCCUGCAAUAUACAAGCUCCACGGGGACUUCGCCAUUUGCUGGCCUCAGUGCUGCGGCUGCUGAGGUGUUGCUUUUGGAUCUCCUUGUCGAGUUGACGGAGGCGCAGGCGCGUUACUACAGCCUCUCCCUCAACGGCCCGGGUGCUAGCAGCGGAGACAGUUCAGACGCAGCCGACGGCGACAAGGAGUCGACGUCGAAGAAGUUACGUAGGCACUUGGUGGAGCCGUGGAGACAAUUAGGACAGGAGGCAGCGGAAGAGAUCUCUCUGCCAGGAAUUGGCGAGGGUGCGUACUACAAUGGACGCUUGCACCGUGUCACUGGAACGUACUACGCCGCACGUAUGCGUGUCUUCUACGCCAGGGCCAAACUAUGGCUUUCUGGGUUCGUAGGUGUCGCGUGA